UUGUAUAUCACAAAAAUAUUUUUAAAAUGCCAAGCUUAGAUCUUGAUGUUCAGUAGUAUAAUAUACAUUAGAUGAAAAUGGAUCAUUUGGGCAAAAGAGAAGAAUCAUCUUUUAGUACUAUCUUCUACACUCACAUAAACAAAAGCUACAAAAUGAAUCAAAACCACUAUAUAGGCUGCUGAAAGAAUUAAAGAGAAAGAAAGAAGAAGAAGAAGAGAGAAGGAGAAUCAUGGGGGAUGAUACGCCGAUCAGGAGGAGAAAUAUCAGUGUUCUAAUGUUUCCAUGGUUGGCUCAUGGUCAUAUAUCUCCUUACUUAGAGGUAGCCAAAAAGCUUGCUCAUAGAAAUUUCCAAAUCUAUUUCUGUUCCACACCUGUAAAUCUCAAUUCCAUCAAACAAAAACUAUUUUCUCAUCAUCCAAACGCCUCCUACUCAAAUUCCAUACACCUAGUUGAGCUUUAUCUCCCAUCUUCACUUCCUGAGCUUCCUCCUCACUACCACACAACCAAAGGACUCCCACCACAUCUAUUGCCUUCUCUCAAUAUGGCCAUGGACAUGGCCAAGCCUGAGUUCUCUAAAAUCCUCGAAACCUUAAAACCAGAUUUGUUAAUCCAUGAUUUUAUUCCUACUUGGGUAUCCAGCUUGGCUUAUUCUCUCAAUAUCCCAACCAUUUCUUUUAUGAUCAGUGGAGCUUCAUUGAUCUGUUUUGGUGUUCAUCUUGCAUCAAACAAAGGUGGUGAUGAAUUUCCUUUCCCUGAGAUCUGUCCUGAUUCAGCUAAAUCACUGUUAGUCAAAAAACUUUCAAGUUCUUCAACUAACAAUGAAAGUGGAUAUAAAAGAUACAGUGAUGUCGUUUUGAUUAAAUCUUUAAGGGAGCUUGAAGGGAAAUAUAUGGAUUAUCUCUCUGUUUCUUUCAAUGUCAAGGUUAUUCCUGUUGGUUUUCUUGUUCCUGAUAACACCGACGACGAGGGCAUGGACAUCAUCAACUGGCUUGACAAGAAAGAGAAACACUCGACCGUGUUCGUGUCGUUUGGCAGCGAGUGUUAUCUAUCUAAGGAAGACAUGGAAGAGAUGGCUUAUGGGUUAGAGCUAAGCAUGGUGAACUUCAUAUGGGUUAUUAGAUUUCCAGUUGGAGAGAAAAUGGAGCUUGAAGAAUCUCUUCCGGAGAAGUUUCUCGAAAGGGUAGGAGAUCGAGGUUUGGUUAUUGAGAAUUGGGCACCGCAGGUAAAGAUUCUGAACCAUUCGAGUAUUGGUGGGUUUGUAAGCCAUUGUGGGAUUAGUUCAGUCAUGGAAAGCUUGAAAUUUGGUGUCCCAAUUAUAGCCAUGCCUAUGCAACAUGAUCAGCCAUGGAAUGCUAGAGUUAUAGUGGUUUCUGGGGUUGGUUUGGAGGUUGAGAGGAACUCUGAUGGGAGGAUUGAAAGGGGAAAUGUUACAAAAGUGAUCAAACAGGUUAUGGUGGAAAAAAUUGGGGAGGAUAUUAGGAGGAAUGCAAAAGAAAUGAGUAAUAAAAUAAGAGAUAAAGUUGAUGAGGAAGCCAUAAACGAGUUGGAAAAUGAAAUUUUACGGCUUUGUGCGGACAUUAAUGUAACCGAAUAAAUGAAUGCUUUUUUUUUUUUUUUUUUGGCUUUAUAUUUUUGUUGUUUAUAUUGCUUUUGGGGCUUGUUUUAGAUGUCGUUCUAUUUCUGUUAAAUUGCAUUGCAUUGCCCUGUUUUAUGUUGUUAUGAGUAAAUUAUAAUAAUGAUGGAUUGUACUAUCAGCACAGCUUUGUCUGAUGCCCUUCCAA